AUGUCGGGAGAACCCCGACAGAGCAGAUUAGCUGAGGCCAAGAGAAAGCUGAGGGACUACCAGCAGAGAAACAGCUUGGGGUGUCCUGCAGGAGCCAGGAAGAAAGGGAAGAACAAACGUGUCCGCAGGCCAGAGACACCCGCUUCUGGCAGCUGGAAGUCAUCGAAAGAUGUGGCACAGACGCGCCUGGGUGCCUGGGACCAGGCGGCCUCUGCGGUGGGAGUCUGUUUUUGCAGCCUGCUUACCGGGGGAUCCCCACGAAAACGUCAGGACAUUCCGCAGGUGCUGGUGUCCAACCUUAGCCGCUCCAAUGGGGCGCCCUGCGGCUGCGCCCCUCCUGCGGAGACACCGGCUGGCGACCACAACACCGUGUGCCCUGGUGUCCCUCCUCCUGACGCCACCCUCCCUGACGGGAACAGCACGGUGUCCACUCAGGCUGUCUCUUCUACCAAAGGCCUGCGGCAACUCUCCUGUCAGCUGAAUGGACUUCCAGCAGAGAAACAAAAGAACCAGGAAUCUUUGGAUCAGCUGGAAAAAGAGAAGAAAGACCAUGAGUGGAAGCUGGUGAGGGAACAAGGUGCGCUCCGGGAGCAGUUACAGAGUCACAUCCAGACCAUCGGGAUUCUGGUGUCUGAGAAGACGGAACUGAGGGCUGCGCUGGCCGAUGCUCAGCAGGCAGCCAGGCAGAAAGCAGGCGAGUCGGAGGAACUGGUUGGUCGCCUCCAGUCUGCGUGUCUGCAUGUUGGAGAGCUGGAGUGCAUGCUCUCUGCUGUCUCCACCCAUCGCAGACAGUCUGACCAGCACAACAAGGAGCUAAUCCAAGAGAGAGAUGCUCUCAAGCUGGAGUUAUCCGAGAACAAAAAAGCCAAUGAGGACCUGCAGCAGUGCCACUCCGAGCUGGAGGAGCGGCUCCGGCUCUUGUUGGAGGAGAAGGACACCAUGCAGGCGAGACUGGAGGACCUGGAGAAGAAGCUGGAGAUGUCUGAACUGCUGUCGAAGCAGGUGGAGGAGAAACAUCAAGAGGUUCAGGAGCUGCAGCAGCAGCAGGACCAGUACUUUGGUCACCUUCACCAGUACAUGACUGCCUACCAGCAGCACGUGGUCGCCUACCAGCAGCUGGCCAACGAGAGGGAUGUCCUGCAGAAGCAGGUGCUGCUUAACACCCAGCUUGUCCACCAGAUGCAGCACGAACAAGAGCAGAAGAAGAUGGAGGUGGAGUUGGCCCGCCAAGAGCUUCAGGAAACACAGGGCCGCCUAGAGGCUGCCAGCAAUCAGAACGAGCAGCUGAAGGCCCAGCUGAAGCUCAUGGCUCAAACUGGAGCAAGAGAAGAAGAGGCGGACAAGAGUCCCCUGCUGAAGCUCAGCAUCCUGGACGACCUGGACAGCCGCGAGGCCGUGGUGGCAUUUUUUAACAAGGACUUGGCAGGUGUUGAGGAAGAGUGGGCACGGCUACGCGGGCAGCUAAAGGGGCAAAAGCAGCUCUGCUGGCGCCUGGCUCAGCAGGCGGCCGCAUCAGAUGAGGAGCCCGAGAAGAUGGAGGCCCCAGCCCCCAGGACGGGGGGGGAACGUGUUUCUGGGGAGACCCACCAGGCCCUUCAGGGAGCCAUGGACAAACUGCAGGGGCUCCUGCAGAAGAAAGCAGCCUUAAAGGAGCGGGUGGAGGAGCUGGAGCUUCGAUGCAUCCAGCUUUCUCGAGAGAAAGAUACCAUCGGAGAAUACAUCAUUCUCUACACGCACCAGAUAGCACUGAUGAGGGCGGAGCUCCGCGAGAAGCAGCAGCACAUCAGCCAGCUGGCCCAGGACAAAGAGGAGAUGAAGGUGAAGCUGUCGAAUAUGCGAAAGCUGCUAUUCCGGGUGGCAGUGGAGCGCAGCGAAUGGCGGGCGAAGUUCCAAGCAGCCAACCAGAACCCUGCUGCUGAGCCCACCGGCGCACAACCAGCCCCCAAGGAGCCUGGUGAUGCCAAGGGCCAAGAACCGAGUGAGGUGCGCCUCGCCGCCGCCUUGCGGCCAACCCAGGGAUAG